GUUCGGUCGUGCUAGAUGUGUUUAGUGUUUUCGUCGCGUUGUUUGAAUAAGAUCAAACUGAGAAUCAGCUGGAAGGGGGAAUUCCCUAUCCUGCUGCUGCUGAGAUGCACUGAAUCGGCUAGCUAACGGUGACUCUUGUACGAGCCCCGUUUGUGUGUGAAUUAAUAUCAGUUUUUUCGGUCGCAAUUCAGCAGUUAAUCAGCAACAUUUAAAUGGUAGAAAGGUUUUUUUUUCGCCUAAAUAGUGCGAGAGAAUUUAGGGCGCUCCCAGUCUUAUGCUUCGGUCGCUCGUGCCGUUUCGCUUCGCUAAUAUCCUUUCGAUCCUGUUCUCGGCAGUCGGCAAGCGCCAUCUGUUGUGGCAAAAGCAAAGGUGAUGGCUGCAGGAAAGGGUGCGUGAAUAAAAUAGGCAAAAUCGAAAUUCGUCAAGCGCGAGGAGAAAAGUAAACUUACUUUGAAAUUAGAUUAGAAGACGGGCUUAGUUGGUCGUCGAUCAUUAUUAGUGGUAGUGCGGUGCAAGUGGAGCCUUGAGAAAACCGAUAAAUCUGUAUGGAAUUAAACACGGCCGUGCAGGCUGAAUACGCAGGGGUCAGGCGAAAAAUCAAUUUUACUGCCAGCCGACGAUCCUUGGCUGAGUGUGAGAAAUUAUCGUUCCAUUCGUUGGUGAAAAAUGUCAUUUUGUGUGAGAAGGUGUUGUUUGCAGUUGAAUUGAUGAUAAAAAUUGUAAUGAAAAGAUACACGCCAGAAAAAGGUGUGGUACGUGCUGUGUGUGUGCAUGGGGAAAAGUUGGUGAAAAUUUUCCGAUAGCCACCUCGCUGCUCUAGGUUGGAAGCGGCAGAAUAUAGUACGCGGGGGUGAAAAACAGGAUACAUUUGUGUGCUACCAGGCAAGGCAGAUCCAGUGUGCCGCGAACAGCAGGCUGUGCCUGUGAGCGAGGACAAGGAUUCGUUGCACCAGCUCUCUUUCUCACUGGUAGCUCACAGUCUCGGAGCUUCUGGAGCGCUUGAUCGGAGCGAGGUUUCGGGUUUUUGUAACAAGGAGCUGUCAUUUUGCGAAACAGGACACUAGUCAUUCAGCAGCUGGUGUGUUGGUGGAGCUGGUUGGAAAGAUGGCUGUACCAGUGUUUUUGGAGGGCCAUGUUGGUUCGUCUACUCCAGAUAAGGGCGUUCCGGAUAUGACCUGCAUUUCGGACAUCGACGAGAACGGAAUCAACCGCAAUCUGAAAGUUCGCUACGAAAGGAAUCAGAUUUAUACCUACACGGGAUCCAUUCUGGUCGCCGUCAAUCCGUAUAAGGAAAUCGAGUGCUACACACAGGAAUACGUAACCAAAUACCACGGCCAAAAAUUAGGACAUUUAGAACCCCACGUAUUCGCCUUAGCGGAGGCGGCCUACAGAAAUAUUCGAGAUGACAGUACAAAUCAGUCAUGUGUAAUAUCGGGCGAAUCGGGUGCUGGAAAAACGGAAACAACCAAGUUCAUCCUCCAGUAUCUCUGCUCGGUGACGUGUGACGUGUCGACUUGGGUUCAGCAGCAGAUCCUCGAGGCGAACACGAUCCUGGAAGCGUUCGGAAAUGCGAAAACGAUCCGAAACGAUAACAGUUCCCGCUUCGGUAAGUUCAUGCAGGUCUGCUUCGACUCCAAGUGGUGCAUUCGCGGUUGCAUCAUCCAGGACUAUCUGCUCGAACAGUCCCGGAUAACGUUUCAGAGUCCGGGCGAGCGGAACUACCACGUCCUGUACCAGUUGGUGGCCGAGGGCAGGAACAAUAAGGAACUGGCCACCGCAUUGCAUCUGAACGAUGUGUCCUUCUAUCGGUAUCUGAACUCGUGCGGAUCGACCGGUGAGGUUAUCAUGGAUGUAGCUGCGGAGUCGAAAAAAUUUGAAGCCUUAAGGCUGGCGUUCAAUGUGCUUCAGAUCUCGCAGCCUUUGAUCGAUGGGAUCUUUAGGGUGCUAAGUGCCAUAAUUUGGUUAGGUAAUUUAAAUUUCGCCGAUAUUGACGGUGAACGGUGCGAGCUGGCUCAGGAGGACAAAGCUAUUGUUCCGAUAGUAGCGGAUCUGUUAGGACUUCAGGAGGACGAUUUGGAGCAGGCUUUGAUCACACGGCAGAUCAACGUGCGCGGGAAUAUCACGGAAAUCCCGCUGAAAUUGCAAGAAGCUCGGGAGAAUCGACAUGCUAUGGCUAAAGCCUUGUACUCCAGAACUUUCGCCUGGUUGAUCAGUCACAUAAACACCUGUAUCAAUCCAGGGCAGGAUGCGUCCCUGUUUCUCGGAGUGUUGGACAUUUUCGGAUUCGAAAAUUUUAACACCAACUCGUUCGAACAGCUGUGUAUCAACUACACCAAUGAGAAACUGCACAAAUUCUUCAAUCACUACGUUUUUGCGUUGGAACAGGAAAUCUACCGCCAAGAGGAGAUCAAGUUCUCCCACAUUCAGUUCACCGACAACACCCAGUGCUUGGAGCUGAUCGAGAAGCCUCCACGAUGUAUUCUGAAACUGCUAACCGAACAGUGCCAUAUGCCGAAGGGUUCGGACAUAGCCUACCUUACGAACCUUCACUCGGAGUUCGAGAGUCACCCGAGCUACGUUAAAGGUCAAGACCGGCGGCACUGGGAAUCGGAGUUCGGUAUUCGGCACUACGCGGGUUGUGUAAGUUACACCGUCAAAGGAUUCGUGGACAAGAAUCGUGACGUCCAACAGGACGUGCUGUUCGAUCAUAUGAGUAGAAGUUCGAAUACUUUUGUCCAGGAAAUCGCAUCCUUUCAGGAUCUAUUGUCGAUCCAACAGGUACAGACAGCUCCUACCGUAGGAACUGUCUCGCGGGGAACGUCCAAGGGGAAACUGACGGUCAGUGAUACCUUCCGGCAGCAACUGCAGGCUUUGGUUGACGUACUGCAGAGUACGAAUCCAUGGUACGUGCGAUGUAUCAAGCCAAACGCGGACAAACUAUCGAAUGACUACGACGAUCAGAUGGUGCUCGAUCAGCUACGGUACCUCGGGAUGCUGGACAUCAUCCGAAUUCGACGGGAAGGAUUUCCCGUACAUUUAACCUUCGAUGACUUUGUGCAGCGGUAUCAAUGUCUGACGAAACGUUUCCAGAAUCUCCCCAGCGUCGACCAAGCCCUGUCCGUGAUCCGAGAACUGAACGUACCUCCAACGGAAUGGCAAAUGGGCAAAACCAAAGUAUUUCUGCGCAGCGUGGUGCACGAGCCGCUGGAAGACGCUCGCAAGCAAGUUAUCAACUCGAAAGCUCUAGUCAUUCAGCGGAACUGGAAACGCUUCAGCCAGCAGCAAGGUUAUCGGAAGUUCCGCGCUGCCGCUCUUCGUAUUCAGCACGCGUACAACGGUUGGAAGUUACGGAUCGAGUUUCUUAAGAAACGUCGGGCGGCCAUUGUUAUUCAGAGUCAUUUGCGGGGAGUUUUCGCCCGGGAGGUAGCCGCGGCGUUGCGCGAGAUGCGCCGGGUGGACGAAGAAAUGCGCAAACGGGAACGCAUGGAAGCAGAACGGAGGGAGCGUGAGGCGGCACAAGCCGAAGCCGAUCGGAAGGCGCUGGAGGAGAGCGAGAGAGCCGCAAAGCAAGAGAUCCUUGCGCUGUCGCAAAUGGCCGAACAAAUUAACUCCAAACUGCACUCGCAGCAGCAGCAGCAUGCGGCCAAUAAUAAUAACAACUCUAAUGUAACCGGUGCCGGCAAAGAUUCGCAGCUCAACGGAAAUAUCGCACCGGGUGCGGUCGGUGCUCCUGCCGGGAUCGCUUCCGCUAAUCAUGCCCACCAGCAGAGUAACGAAUCGGUAGAUCUUGACAAUCUGUUCGCCUUCCUCAGCGAGGUGCAACCGAACAGCAAUGCCAUCAUUGAUGAAAUCGGCGAAAAGAUGGACCAUUUGGUGGAGGAUCUGGACGUCGAGCUGGAAUCGGUGAUCCAGCAGGAAAUUGAAGGACUGACCUGUGAGCGGAAUAAUAAUUUCAACAGCAAGUCGUCACUUGUCAACGGAAUUGGGCCGAAUAAUAAUAACAACAAUAAUAAUAACACCAUUGUUAGCACCAAACCGACUACGCCGAAGCCAUUGGGAGUUCCAUCGUUACCCGAACCAACGAUGCCCCCGCCUCCGAUCCCAAUCGACAACAACAACAGCGCACUGCCAGCUCCGGUUCCGAUUCCGUCCUCACUGACCCAGGUUAGACGAACGGAGGAGCCUAUCUAUGAAGCUGUUAUACAUCUGAAGGAACUUCCACCACCACCGGAGAUUCACGAGAAAGUUCCUCCCGUUCCUCAGCACCAACUACCAGCGACGCAAACUCACCAGCAUCAUUCUGCCGUUUUGCAGCAACAAUUGCAGCAGCAGCAACAGUUACAGCAGCAGCAGCAACAACAACAGCAACUAGUCGCCCAUCAGCACCAGCUACAACAGAAACUGCAACAACAACAACAAAUACAACAGCAGCAGCAGCAAAAUAGUCACGCUCCUGCUCCGCCACCACCAGUGCAUGCUCACGGCGUAAUUCAUCAACCGGUGCACAUGGAGAACGGAACAGCAGGACACAAGCUGCGACCGAAGAGUCCGGCGGUGAUCCGUUCGGCGAGUCCCGUACAGCGUGGUUCUGGCGGACCAAUGAGUCCCUCUUCGCCGAAGCACAGCCGACCGAGUUCAAGAGCUUCCUCGACCGGUACGGGGCAUCCAUUUGCAGAACGGGAACAGCGAAGGAAGUAUCGAGUUGAGAAAAAACUACAGGAAAUGCAACAGAUGGAUAUUACCGAACGGGAGAAGGAGUUACUGCGGGACGAUGUGUACUACGACAUUUUGGAGUUUGCCGAGAGUUUCUACAAUACGCACGAGAGGUCUCCCGAGGGUACGAUCAUGGCUACACUGACCCGGAAGGGACGCAAGUCGGUGGAUAUGGUGCCAAAGUAUGAGAUGAUUACGUACUACCGCGGGAACACGAUUCCUUCGUCGCACAUUCAUAUGUACGAUCCGGAGAAUGUCACCAUUGCGUGCAAUAUUUUUAGAGAUCUAUGCAAAUACAUUCGAGGUGAAUUGAACAACGAGCGGGAACUGCAAGUCAUUCAGUUCAUCAUCGGGCAUGGUAUUGAGCGGGAAGAAUUGCGGGACGAGAUCUUUGUGCAAUGCAUGCGACAGUCUACCAACAACCCGAGCGUGGAGUGGACUGAUCGCGUGUGGUUGUUGCUCUGCCUAACAAUCGUGGCAUUUCAGCCAAGUAAGAUGCUGUUCCGAUACUUUGUAAGCUUCCUGAAAAAGAAUCUGGAAACGUUAGAGGGGAAGUUGAGACAAUAUGUGCAGUGGUGCUUGGACAACUGCAAGAACACCAAAGUUCGAUGUCGGCAGUAUCCACCUUCUAGCGUGGAAGUUGCGGCUAUGCGUCGUUUAGGCACAAUUGUCUGUCGAUUCUUCUUCCUGGAUGGCCGCACCAAAGCAAUUGAUGUCCAUCCGACGGACACGGCUAGUGAUGCCGUAGCGAAGCUAGCCGAGAAGCUAGGUUUGUGCAAUAUCGAAGGCUGGGCCAUUUACCAGUCUCGACCGGACGGGGAGGAGCACGUUAAGUCGCACGAUUACCUGUACGACAUAAUUGCUGCCUGGGAGGCCAAACAAACGAAAAUUCAUGCAGGAAGCUCCACACUGCGGAAGAACGCCACAACGCUAGGUUCCGGCGAGAACCGAUUCGUGUUUAAGAAGCGUCUGUUCAAAAGUACCCGCGAAUUGUCGCAAGAUCCAGUGGAAGUCAACAUGCUGUAUGCUCAGGCCGUUUACAGUGUCGUGAAGUGCGACGACUUCCCGGUGUCCGAGAAGGUAGCCCUCCAGCUGGCCGGCCUGCAGGCUCAGGUUGCACUCGGUGAUCCCUCCAAUCAGCCGAAACCGGAGUACUACUCAGACGUGGCCAGCUACCUGCCUGAGCGCAUUUCGAAAACCCGUGAGGAACAGUUCUGGGUGCCGAUUCUGGCCCAGGCCCAUCGCCAGUACGGCUCCGGUCGUACGGAACUAACCGCUAAGGUCUUGUAUCUUUCCUGUGUGAUGCAGUAUCCGCUGUACGGAACGACUAUGUUCGCUGUAUCGUACCGGGGCUAUUGGAGCUACGGAAAUAGUCUGAUCCUCGGUGUGAACUGCGAAGGUAUCAUACUGAUCAAACCGGACGACAAGUUUGUGUUGUACGAGUUCCGCUACAGCGAAAUCGAGUCGAUCAUGCUAGAUCCGAGCGAUAGCUUCAUUACGAUCAGCCUGAACCGCCAUACAAGCACAACCACCACCACUGAUCAGCAGCGAUGCUUCGUGUUCGAAACGUCACAGAAGAACGAGAUUGGUUCGUUGAUAGUGUCCUACUUCCCGGCGCUCUCCAAUUGGAUCACGGAGAAUGAGGUCCCCGCGAAGAAAAGCAAGGGGAUCACCAACGAAGAUCGCGUCAGGCUGCAUCACAAUGUGGUUGUAUGUCGGCGACACCUGGUGGAUGCCGAAAUCCUGCGGAAGCCUCAAGACCCUAGCGGUGGUUUUCUAAGAAACACAUUGCGAAGAUUGUCAAAGCACCGCCUGGAGAAACUGAGGGCCGAACACGGCAGCCCCGUACAUGAUCAUGGUGAAACCUACAAAGGCUUCCCACACGCUUACUGGGCCUUCAGUAGACAACCCUUACCGCAGAGCAUGAGCAAGCUACCAGAUCAGGAAGAACAGGCUAUGGUACAGGUGUUUAACUCGAUUUUAACCUACGCCGGUCUGGGACAAAACGGAGAAACUGUUCAACGGGCUGAAGACGAACACAUCACCCUGAUCCAAUCGAUCAUGGAUCGUUGCAUGCGCAAAGAAUCUCUACUGAACGAACUCUAUCUGCAGCUGAUCAAACAAACCACUGAUCACCCGGAUCCCAAUUCACGCGUUAACCUACGCCACUGGGCACUGCUAUCGUUGGCAUGUAGUGUCAUUCUUCCCCCGCAAAAAGUAGUUAGAAAAUAUUUGAUAGGUCAUUUGAAACGGUGUGCUAGCGACUUCAUCACCGAAGAAGGCAAGUAUGCACGAUUUGCUGAGAAGUGUUUCUUCAAGACGCAGGGCACACGCCGACGGCAGUGGCCUCCCAGUCGGGAGGAGAUCGUCUGUACUAUCAACCGAAGACCGAUAUACGCCCGAUUCCACUUCAUGGAUGGGCAGUACCAUUCAGUCGAGUUCCAUCCGAGCUCCACCUCACGUGAGGUGAUGGAGAUUGUGAAAAAGAAAAUCGGGCUGCAAGAAAAUGCACAAGGCUAUGCUAUCUAUGAAGUUCUCGGUGCUUCCGACCGUAGUUUACUCCCGGAUGAAAAGGUAGCAGAUGUGAUGUCCAAAUGGGAAAAGUAUCGUACCGCAGCCGCUCAAGCAGUUCAGCAAAACCAAAGCUCUAGUCUUCCUCCGGCCUGCCGCAGACAGCAUCAUCUCUUUUUGUUCAAGAAGCAUCUAUUCUGCGAUCAGUACAUGAAUCUGGAUGAUCCGGUUGAAAAGGAGCUGCUGUAUCAUCAGGUUCUGCAUGGUUUGCGCACCGAGCGGUUCCCUAUUUCCGAAAUGGAAGCGAUUAUGUUAACAUCUCUGCAGGCCCAGCUGGAGCUGGGAGACUGCACGGAAGUAGUACAGGAUUACCGAGCGAUUGCGACCCACUGUCUACCGCCACGCUUCGUUCCGAACAUCCCGCACGAGGGAGUGGCCAUGCAUCAUCAAAGCUUGCGAGGAAUGACUUCGGCCGAGGCGAAGAAGUCCUUCCUCAAUCUGAUUCAAAGCUGGCCGCUACACAAGGCGACCAUUUUUGAUGUGAUGCAAUCGUUUACCUCCAACUGGCCCCGGAUACUGUGGCUGGCGGUAGACCAAAAGGGGCUACAUCUGCUGGAACAUCGGUCGAGGAAUACACUGUGCACGUACGAGUACCAGUCGAUACUGUCUUUCUCGCCGAACAUGAACUGUCUGAUGAUCAUCACCGGAUCCGAUAAGAAGCAGUCGAAGGUGAUCCUGACCACGUCGCAGGCCUUCCAAAUCUCCAACCUCAUCCGGGAAUACAUGGAAGUUAUCCAGUCGCAGCUGAACGAGGAAUCUCAAAAGGAGAACACCGAUGGCAAUACUGGAGCACCCCAAGUGCCACCGCACAAUCAACCUCUGCCACCGCCUCAUCAGAAUCUGACACCCGCACAGCAGCAACAGCAACAACAACAGCAGCAGGCGCUGGAACUGCGCAAAGGUACCCAGAGGCCUGCCUCGAUGCUGCUACGGCAGUCAAGUGCAGCCCUGGUCGCACCACAACCGAGUUAAGUAGACCUAAACGUUAUUUAUUGAGAAUCGCAAACAAAAGGUUUUAAGAAAAUGAUUCGAAAGUUGCAGAAUAUUAGUAUAUAAAUCGGUAGCAAUUUAUUAUCACGAGAGAGAGAUGCAUUAGAGAACUUGGGAGGGUAAUUGAAUGUGUGAAAGAGACUGACGGUACAGGAUACCAACCGCUUCGGUGAAGAAGGUAACAGAAUCAAAAUCAACGGAUAGAUCUCAAUCAAGGCGCAUGGAAAUCAAAAUUUUCACUAGUAUCAGCUUAUGCUCCUUUAUCCCUUUGAGAUCCACUAACCAGAAUAUCUAUCUAGUAUACCUUACAAGUAGCAGCAAAGUUACAGUAAUCGAACACUACAGCAUUGAUAUAUACUCGCACUUAGAUCGCCGAAGUUUUGAUUUUCGUUGCGUCAUUGAAGUUGAUAGUUUUUUAAGGAAGCAUAUUUAUUAUAACGGGUCGAUUGCUCUUAUAAAUGCACAACAAACGUACGUCGCUAAAAGUCAGCAAAAUUUUGCAGAGUGUCAGCAAUCCAAAAGAUACUGAAAGUUUAAUAUUUUAAAUUAUUCCAUUGGACAGAUUAUCUUAGUGUAAAAUAUUCUAGUCUCUUUACAAUAUUGUCUAUCUCGAGAUAAUCUAGCGUUUUGUCCAGUUGUUACUAUAUAGAAAACACUCGAGAGUGAAUGAAACAAAAAUAAACGUCAAAUCGCUUUCACACUCGCACUGAUGCAAAUUGAAUGGGCGCGUAAUUUGACGCGCGGCCCGGUGGCGCACGGAUAAAAAGUCGCAAAGUGGAUUUAAGAAAAGAUUGUGAAUAGUCCACCGCUCACUAGCAUCUAUUUAAAUCGGCAUAAUCUCCUUUUCGUUCACUGGGAUAUUUUUCGGGUGCCAGAUUUCCUUCCAAGCGUUUCGUUUUCCGUUGCUGGGUUAACUGUCAAAUAUCCCCCUAAGAACGGUUGGUUUUAAAAUCUUCCAAUCAAAGACGUUCGUUGGACCAACGUUGGACGACGUUCCAAUAUCCGUUCAACAGACGUCCUUCGUUAGACCCGUGUUGAACGAUUUUGAAACAUUUAUUUGCGCUUCUCAGUGGGGUGCUAACACCUAACCGCUGUGACUAAAACCAUGGCCACCCACAAAAAGGCGACUAGGCCGGUUUAAAUAGAUGCUAACGAACAUUGGUACGCUAUUGAAACGUCGUUGCGUGUAAGACGGAUAGUGUCAAACAAAAACAUAUUUAUGUUUUCGUGGAUAAUUAACUACAAUCUGUUGUGUAAUUUCAAGAAUCGAAAACGAUAGAGAAAAUAAAUUAUUUUAAUUUAAUUAAUUUAAAGAAUGGGAAUAUUUUAAACAAUGCGAAUCUGUCCAAUAAAUAAAAUUUAAAUUACUGAACCUUGCAUCUGAUAAAAAUUUGGCAAAACUUAACUGAAUUUAGGCGGCGAGUGGUUUGUGAAGUGAAAAUUAUCGACCACUAUUGAUGGAUUGAUGGUCGCUCAAAAAUUUGCUUCUGAAAAAAAAAUAGUUCUUUGCACCUUGAACAAACAUUUUGCCGAGUUUCUUCCGUUACCUGAUGAGCAAACAUACAAAUCAGUAGCAACUUUGUUAAGCGUCACGCAUCGUCGAUCUCAUUUAGUGUGAAGACCACUCCCCUCUCCCCACUCCCUCUCUUCCCGAAACCAUCCGGUUUGCUACAGUAUUUGCUCACAGAGUUGUUGGAAGCUGAGCCAGUACCUGGACGGUUUUCGGCCUGUUAGAAUCAUUAGAUUUAAAUCGGACAGUGUGAGAUAUCCGAGACGCCUUCCACUUCCCAAAAUGAAAACACUCUUUAGAGCCAUCUCAUCUUUUAAUUUUAUUUUAUUGUUUUUUUUCAACAAUUCUACACAUUCAAACUGUUUCACGAAUUGUUUUGGGACUCAGGCCAUUACGAGUAAAAUUUAGUACCUUUAGUCCUUAGAAAUCUGUUUUUUUAUUCCCCCUAACGAACUUACCAACAAACCGAGUGAUAAUUUUCCAUCAGUGUUUGGCGGCGUUGCAACAGGCCGAUUUAUUUAGGAAAAUAUAAAAUGAUGAUUUUGAAAAAAAAAAACGAUUUUUAGUACUAGUAGAACCAAUAACGAUACGUAUUGAAGUGAAUAAUUUAUUUAAACGUGUUUAUUUAUACUAUUCUUUUUUAUAUGAAACGUCGGCCAUAAAUAGUUCUAUUUACUGUUUUAUGAAUCUAAGUUAUGACUGUCACUGAACCUAACACCUAAUGAUAUCUUUUAAAACUAUGAAAAAAAUGCUUCUUACACGACUAAAACUUUUUUUCUAUAUUUGCUAAGGUGAGAUUUUUAUUAUUUAUAUAAAAUAUUUAAUAAAAAAAAGCUAUUGAAAAUGGUUGAAUAAAAAUAUUAAAAAUAGUUAAGGAGAAUCGUUAAUACCGGAACAAAUAUAUUCGAUCUGAAUGCCUAAUCUAGAAACUAAUCAAGCAGAAGUAAACAGAAACUACUACUCACUUUAUAGUAUUAAACCAUGGUUUUGUUCAAUAGUUCUAUUUUACUAAGCAGCAGAUCCAAAAACAAAAAAACACUAGUCAAACGAUGAAAAAAAAUAAACAGAUUCUUCUAGUGAAUUGCUACCAAAAAUAGAACACACGAUGCUAGUUUAAAUUUGCUAUGCUUUCUCUCGAGCAAAAACACAAACAAACUCACUCUAGUUGCUGGGAGGGGGUCGAAAACCUUUUUUUCUGGCCCUCUAGUGAGCAAUACAAGAAGCAUAUGCUAGUAUACUUGUCUAAUCACACAACAAUAAGAUAAUAAAAUUGAUCAUAACCGGAAUCGGUUCAGUUUAAGAGAAAAUCUAUGUAGGAUGCGAAGAUUUGGGUUUACUUCCAUUUUGGUUCAUACUAUAUACGCUAUGAGUAUCAGAAACGCGUACGUAUAUUAGAGCAGAGAGCUUAACGGUGCUCUCCACGUCAUUAAGUCUUCUGAUGGAAUAAACGGAAUUCAAGGUGAAUUAAAAAAAUCGAAAUUUA